GACAGGGGGAGACUGAACAACAGGAUAUUAUGUCUGUGCUGUUAGUUUCCCUCCUCUCCUCCUUCCUUCUAUUCUCCCUGACUAGUGGGUCCCCAGGUAGCUGUCUAGCAGACUGGCAGCAGAAGAAGACCGCCAGUGCUGAACCCGGGUUGACAAAGUGCCAGCAGUAUGCCAGCCAUUCUUGCUGUUCUCAGGAUCAAAUAGAUCCCCCCUUCCCAUGGGACGGAUGUGGACCCCCCAGUCCAAGGUGUGAGGAGUAUCUGAGCCGGGUGCAAUGCAUGUACCUCUGUUCUCCCCACAUUGCUAAGUGGGGCCACCCCAAAACAGUUGCUGGAGUACACGAGCUGCCCCUGUGCAACAAGUUCUGUGAUGACUGGUUUGAUGCUUGCAGAGAAGACUUAAUAUGUUCCGGGUGCAUAACCUCCGUCAAGAACUGCAGCAAAGGAUGCAUCACAUACGCACAGAAGUUUGGAUCAGGACAACAGUUGUGCGACACCGUCUGGAAACACACAUUUGUAGCCAUGACUGAGGACUGCAUUUGCAUCACUCCGCCAGAGAAGGGGCUGGGUCUUGAACAGAACCCCACCCAUGCAGAUCUAGACUCCACCCAGGAGGGGUCAUCAGGAUAUCCAGAGAAGUGCUAUCCUCACAAAGUCUCACACAAUAGGGUGAGAAGAGCUUUGCGCAAGAGGAGUGUCCAAAUCGAAGUGGAUGGGAGUGGCAGUGGCAAUGGGGCGUAAAGGAUAGAGGACAUUUUGUUACGUAUGCUCUGACCAACCUCUUUCCUCUGAUAAGCCAUUUCCUCCCGCAACCCAUCCCCCUAAUUGCUUCUCUUUACCCGACGAUUGUUACCAAAGUUGAGACAACUGACCAAGACAGAUGUCUCCGCAAGCACAAGCCCGGCCACUAACCUUUCAUGCAACUGCUCUGUAAUGUACCCGUCCACCCAGUGAGCAGGAAGUGUCAGUAAUUAGAAAAGGUUUGGUGGGAAGCAGAAUUCUAUAAUGAAAGUACUAGUCUGUACUGUUAUCAAACAGGCCUGAAAAUAAACCCAUUCAUUUAUGUGA